UCAAUGAUUAUUAGAUACUACACAGUACUCGAUAUAUCAUGAAGUCAGAAAAUUCCUUAUCAUCUAGUUUAAGUCUGAGAAUAGCCAGAAAAUUUACAUAAAAUUUUAAUUAAAAUAUACUUGAUUCAUGUUAUAUCGGUACAAAAAAAUCUUUUACAUAGACGAGACAAGAUAUGCCGCCCGAAGAUAUCGUGUCCCUCCAAGUGGCUCUCAUAAAUUUAGCACACAAGUGUUAUCCCGAUCGUGUAGAUUACGUAGACAAAGUUUUGUUUACAACAAUCCAAAUAUUCCAGAAGCAAAACGUCGAUAAAUUGGAGUAUAAUAGUGCAGUUUCGAGAGAACUAGUUAGAUUAAUGAAGAUUCCCGUAGACAAUUAUAAGAAUAUAUUAACUGUGCUUAAGCUUGAACACUAUGCGCCCCUUUUGGAUUAUUUCGAUUACGAGGGCAGGAAGUCAUUGGCUAUAUACAUAAUAACGAAUAUUUUGGAAAAUGAAACGUUAAUACCGACGCAAGAACAAGUAGACGCGGUGCUCUUCAUGGUAUCUUCCUUGGUGCAGGAUCAACCAGAUCAACCUAAUAUAGAAGAAGAUCCUGAAGAUUUUGCUGAGGAGCAAGGAUUACUUGGAAGACUGAUACAUCAUUUUAAAUCGGAAACACCAGACCAGCAAUAUAUGAUAUUGAGCGCAGCAAGAAAGCAUUUCAGUGCUGGCGGUAACAAGAGAAUAAAAUUCACUUUACCUCCCAUAGUUUUCCAAAGUUAUCAAUUAGCUUUUACUUAUAAAACACUGAAGGAUCAGGAUGAUAUGUGGCAAAAAAAAUGUCAAAAAAUUUUUCAGUUUUGUCACACGACUAUUACAGCACUGAUGAAGGCCGAAUUAGCCGAAUUGCCUUUAAGGCUGUUUCUGCAAGGUGCGAUAGCGAUCGGCGAGAUCCGUUUUGAUAAUUUCGAAAUGGUGGCUUACGAAUUUAUGAGCCAAGCAUUUUCGAUAUAUGAGGAUGAAAUAAGCGAUUCGAAAGCACAGCUCGCAGCGAUCACUUUGAUCAUCGCCACAUUUGAGCAAAUGAGUUGCUUUGGCGAGGAAAACGCGGAGCCCGUUCGCAAUCAGUGCGCCUUAUAUGCGAGCAAAUUGUUGAGAAAACCUGAUCAAUGUAGAGGAGUCGCUACUUGUUCGCAUAUAUUUUGGUCUGGAAAAUCUUUAGCUUCAGGCGGGAAAGAAAUGCAAGAAGGCGGUAAAGUGUUAGACUGCUUGAAAAAGGGUAUUAGGAUAGCGAGUCAGUGCAUGGACACGUCUGUGCAAGUACAGCUAUACGUGGAAUUGUUGAAUCAUUAUAUUUACUUUUACGAAAAAGGAAAUACAGCUGUAACCGUGCAAAUAUUGAAUCAAGUAAUUGCGAAAAUUAGAGAGGAACUUCCCAAUCUGGAGGCGAGUGAAGAAACCGAUCAAAUACAGAAACAUUUAGCAAAUACAUUAGAACAUUUAAGAAAUAGGAUGGAAUCGCCAGACUCUGACGGACUUACUUAUCAAGGCCUCGUCCUUUAACAGUGUAGAAUCGGCAUUGUAAUUUUGUAAAUAAAAUAUUUCUAUAAUAUGGACAAUAUUAUAGGUCGAUUGUAUCAACUACGAUUAGCAUUGAUUCUGAUUAAUUUAAUUUUUAUUUUAUAUAUCUUCGUUGUAGAGUGAACUGUAAAUUAGAACCGAAAAAUGAAUUAUAAAUCAGCAUCCAUUUAUUGCAAUUGUUGCUGCAUCUCAGAUAUAAAUUAUAAAAUUAUUUCUUAAAUAAAUGUUUAAAUUACAUCGAAUUAUUUACACGAUUUGUUAAUGACGUAUCAAGCGUACAUAUUGAAAUUAAUAGAAUUGUAUGUACAUUUGUUUUAAU